AUGGCGGCUGCCGAGCUCUGGAGACAUGAGAGACCCGAGGCCACGCAGAUGUGGAAGUUCCUGGAGCAUGUCAACUCCAAGUACGGCUUGAGCCUCAGUGACUAUUCAGAGCUGUACAGCUGGUCCGUCGACAAUGUGGCCGAAUUUUGGGCCGAGGUCUGGCACUUCACCGGCAUCAAGGCGUCGAGGCAGUACGACCAGGUCCUGCCUCCUGGAGCCCCUAUGUUCCCCAGGCCCGACUUCUUUGCCGGGGCGCGUCUCAACUUCGCAGAGAAUCUGCUCUUCCCAGCCAAUGCCGACGUCGACGAGUCGGCCACGGCCGUCGUCACGGCAACCGAGGACGAGAGCCAUCUCGCCGAGACCUCGUGGGCCGAGCUCAGGGACCAGGUCCGCCGCUGCUCCAACGCCCUGCGUGCCGUCGGUGUCAAGGAGAACAGCGUCGUUGCCGGCUUCGUGGCAAACCACGUGCAGGCCCUCGUCGCCCUGCUGAGCGCCGCUGCUCUCGGCGCUAUCUGGACCGGUAUCAGCCCGGACAACGGUGUCAGCGCGGUGCUGGACCGGCUGGUGCAGAUCAGGCCUCAGGUGCUGUUUGCCGAUAAUGCUGCGCUGUAUAACGGCAAGGAAUGGUCCGGCAAGGCCAAGACGCUCGAGGUUGUCGAGGAGUUGAAGAAGCACGGCCUGGAGCAAGUUGUCGUUGUCAAGGGUCUCCCGAAUAUCGAGACGGGCCUGGAUGAAAUCUCCGCCAAGGGGGUCAACGCAGCGGAGUACGAGGCCUUUUUGAACUCAGCGCCAGAUUCGCCCCUCGUCUUCGCCCAGCUCCCUCCUUCUCAUCCCCUCUACAUUCUCUACUCCAGCGGCACCACCGGGCUCCCAAAGGCCAUCGUUCACACGGCUGCUGGCACUCUGCUCCAGCAUAAGAAAGAGCACUUCCUGCACUGCUCGCUCUCGCCGGCCUCCCGCAUGCUCUACUACACCACCACAUCCUGGAUGAUGCACCAUUGGAGCGUCUCGGCGCUUGCUUGCGGCGCCUCGCUGGUUCUCUACUCCGGCUCCCCCUUCAAACCGCACGGCUACGCCUCGCUGCCGCGCCUGCUCUCUUCCCUCCGCGUAACCCACUUCGGCACCUCGGCCGCCUACCUCACCACCCUCGAAGCAAACGACGUGCGUCCCGUCUCCGAUCCAUCCCUAGACCUAUCCGCCCUCGAAGCGAUCUACUCCACCGCGGCGCCCCUCCCGCCCUCGACCUUCUCCUUCGUCUACCAAGCCUUCCCGGCCAAGAUCAACCUGGCCUCCAUCACGGGCGGCACGGACAUCAUCUCGCUCUUCGGCGCCCCCUGCCCGCUCCUCCCCGUCCGCGCCGGCGAGGUGCAGUGCGCCGGGCUGGGCAUGGCCGUCGGCGUGAUCGACUCGGCCUCGCCGGCGGACGACCCGCGCCCGGUCGCGCCCGCCGACGCGCCGGGCGAGCUGGUCUGCCUCAAGCCGUUCCCCAGCCAGCCGCUGACCUUCUUCGGCCCGGAGGGCCAGGCGCGGUACCGCGCCGCCUACUUCGACCGGUUCCCGGGCCUGUGGCACCACGGCGACUUCGUGCGCGCCGCCAGCCCCGCCGGCACCGCCGGCGGCCCGCUCGUCAUGCUGGGCCGCAGCGACGGCGUGCUGAAGCCGGCCGGCGUGCGCUUCGGCAGCGCCGAGAUCUACAACCUGCUGGCGCGCUUCUUCGCGGCCGAGGUGGCCGACGCCGUGUGCGUCGGCCGGCGGCGGCCGCAAGACCGCGACGAGACCGUGUGCUUGUUCGUCGUGAUGGCCGAGGACAGCAGCAGCGGCAGCGGCAGCGGCAGCGGCAGGAGGCCGUUCGACGACGCGCUGCGGCGCCGCAUCGCCGAGGUCAUCCGCCGCGAGCUGAGUCCCCGGCACGUGCCGGGCGUGAUCGAGGAGGCCAAGGGCGGGGUGCCCAAGACGGUGAACGGCAAGAAGUAG